UUUUUUUUUUUUUUUUUUUUCUGGAGCUGGGGACCCAACCCAGGGCCUUGCGAACCCAGGGCCUUGCGAACCCAGGGCCUUGCGAACCCAGGGCCUUGCGAACCCAGGGCCUUGCGAACCCAGGGCCUUGCGCUUCCUAGGCAAGCGCUCUACCACUGAGCUAAAUCCCCAACCCCUCACCACUCCUUUUAAUCCAUUCAGGCUUUCCUUUAGAUUUUUUUUUAUCUCCUUGAUCAUUUAGCUCCAUUACAAUUCCUGGAGAAAAUGACUUCUCCUCAAACUAUACGUUUCAUACGUGUUGGGGUUUAUUUAAAUCUUGGCUCGAGUCCAGACAGAACACACCAAACCAACAUGGUUUCACGUGGAGAAGUUUAAUGAGAGAAGAAGAGUAGAAGAGGAGAGGAAAGGCCGGCCCAGAACGUGUGGAGGAAAUGGGGGAGGGGAAUGGGGAGAGAAGGGACAAAGGGGAAGAGCGGGGAAGGGAGCAAAGAACAAGAGCAUGAGGAGGGGCCAAGCAGCCCCUUACAUGUUGCCAGGUAACUGUGGGGCAGAGCUUGGACAGAAUACCAACAGCAUAUGUUUGCUCAGCUUCAUCCUUUUCAUUAUAGAUCAGCAUAAGAGUUGUUAUAAAUAUAUAACAGUGGUAGUGAGGGGUACCUGGCAGGCCCAGGCUAAGGUAUGCCCCUGAGUAAUUGUGCCACACAACAGAUCUGGUAUAAAGAGGGGUUACUGGGGGAAGGGAAGAGGAGUGAGGCCCUGGAGAAGGGGUAGAGACAGAAGAGUGGACAUAUAGACAGGCAGACAAAGGGGCAGAACCAUGAGGGUGUGGGGUGGGGCAUGGGAAGAGAGCUAUGGUGAUGGGCAGCCCAUAACCUGGCACACCUGGCAGUGGCAGAUGAUGAUGUAAGCUGUUGCUAGGUCCUUAUGAGGAGCCUGGUGGACAUUCCUGCAAGCUAACAAGUAUGACCACAAAUAACCAUAUGACAGAGUUAAUAAAUACCAAGUUGCCUGGAAAUCUCCUAUGCCAUAGCCAUCAAUCAAAAAUUCUUCAGUUUAACCUCAGGCAGAUCUUCAGGGCAAGGGCAACAAGCAGUCACAGUCUUUGCCAAAAUAUCACAAGAAUGGUCUGUCUCCAGGCUACUUGUUAAUAUUCUUCCCCUCUGAAACCUUUUGAACCAGGCCUUUAGAUUUUUCAUUGCUCUCAGCACCACUGUCUUCCCUGCUUCUACAAGUAUGACCCAUUAAUCCUCUCUUAAAGGUUCAUUUGCUUUCCUAAUCCCAAGUCCACAUUCUGUCAACAGGCAGCUGUCAGGCCUGUUACAGCAAUAUCCUGCUCCCUGGUACUAACUUCUGACAAAGUUACUGUUCUAUUGCUGUGAAGAGACAGCACGACCAAGACAACUCUUACAGAGAAAGGGGACUUAACGGGGGACUUACUGACAGUUUCAGAGUUCUAGUCCAUUAUUGUCGUGCAGGGAACCUGGUGCUGGAGGAGGUGCUGAGUGCUUCAUACUGAUCCGCAGACCAAGACAAAGAACAGUGGGCCCGCCAUGGACUUCAGAAACUCCACACCUCCUAAUCCUUCUAGUCCUCUGGUGAUUAAGCAUUCAAAAAUAUGUGCCUAUGGUGCCAUUCUCAUAAAAAUCACCACAUUCAUGUUGGAUGCAGAUUUUGCUUUAAGGAUGCCCAUGAGCCCAUAAGCCCUCCCCCACCCAUUGCUCUGUAAGAAAGCCUAGAGUGAACUUCGCUCUGUAAAUUCUCCAGAGUAAACUUUGUUGGAAUUAUAUUUUGAUUUGUCCUUUGCCAAUAGGUAGAGUAAACAUUGUUUAUGUCUCCCCCAGCAUUAGAAAUUUUAGCAAUACUUCGCAGGAUGUGCUAAAACAGAGGUUUGGGAAGCACAACGGCAUUGUCUUGAUAUGGGGAAUGAGACGGGCAAUGCAAACCUAAUGGUGGAAUGUUUGUAGAGGAAAUUUUGACCUGGUUUCCUGUCCCCAUGCGAUUUGGCAGUGUGCUUUUCCCCAGUGGCGGCAGUGGCAUGGGUAAUGCAGAAGGUAGUGAGACGUGUAACUAAGGGGAGGGAAUGUCUGUUGGGAUUGGCAGGCUUCUGGGGGCAGGGGGAGUGGCAUGGGUGACACUGCUUAGUGGGUGGGAUGAAGGAGGGGAGUAUGGAGAUGUUUUGAGAACAGCUGGAGGUCUAGAGCAGAUGUCACAAGCACUGGGAGUGGAGGUGCAGGUAGCAGCUAGCAGCUGCAGAGGCAGCCUGGCCGCGGUUAUACAUGAUAAGAGCUAUCUGAAGCUUGGUGUGGGGAUAUAGGGAGAUAGAGGCUAUGAGGGAGGAGUUGCAACAAGAAAGAGACUAGGGGCUGACUUCCUUUGUUGGCCUCCAAUCUACUGGAUGCAUUAGAUAAAAGAAGGAGGAGCAAUGGUGUCACCCUGGCACUUCUCACAACUGGGAGCCUGAAGGGAAAAGAAAACACAAAUCAUGUCUACAUUAAAGAGCCCUUCUCGGAAUUUCCAAAGCUGGAAUCCACGAUGCUGACUUUCGUUGACCUAUGCAGCUCUAUCUGCAAGACCUGGGGUUUGAAGACCUUCAAGAAUGGUGCAGGCUACAGUCUAAUGCUGCGGACAAGUUUAUUUAGUUUCAGUGUACUUUUAUACAGAAAUGAAACAAGGAAAGCAAUGAUCCGAGGAGGGGAGGUUGCUUGAGUUCAGAAAAUCAUGUAACUAAAUGUCAGUAAGCACGUACUGAAUAUUAACAGAACAGCCUUUUCAAGAACUUUCCCAGGACAGGCCAAUUUAAACACAAUUCCCUUGCAUAUACUAUAGAUUAUAUCUGGGAAAGCACAAAGCAAGGCAGAGGCCAUAUCCAGAUCCAGGGCACACUGAGGACGGCACUCAGCACAUCCUUCCAGCAGACUUGGUUCUGGAGCUGUGUUCCGACAUCCAACAAGUGUUGUAAAACUAAAAUAAAGGAUCCUUUCAUCCUGCACUAGAGCCCACACCGUAGUGCCCAUGACAUCUGUCUGAUAUUUUCAUCUCAGUCAUUUAAGCAUCUCACCCGCUUUGCUCCGUCCCAUAUCACACUGCUGAUGGCUACUCUCUGAGCCCAGCAACAAUCUCUCUACCCAUCUAGUUCCCAAGGCAGGCUGCCACCAUGCCAGACGCACACAUCCCAAUUCUGUGGCAGCCCAGUGUCUCCAGCCACCACACAUUCUCUUGAACUUAAUUAAAUCGCCACAUGAAAGAACACAGAGCACAAUAACCUCUGAUCCAAUCGAUAAGAUAUAAUUUGCUCAUCUAGACAUACAAAGCCCUGUACAUACCCAUCCCUUAAGAAUAUUCAUAACAACCUGUAAAUGUGCAGAGAGGAAUCUUAACAUCCACCUCCAUGUUCUCUUGGCUGCUCUUUCCUUGCUCCAGUCUUCUCCUCCUCUCUAAAACCUUUCUCCCGCCCAUCUUUCCUUCUCGUCCAAUGACAGGCCUUGUUCUAUUUUGUACCUGCCUUCACCUGCAUAAUGACAUCAUCCUACAAACAAGAAUAAACAUGUCUUUUGCAUUGACUGUAAAUGUUUAUUACAGGAGGCAUGGGAUCACAUCCAAGAAUGAUCCAGGAAACAAAACACACUUGAGGUGAAAGGCCCUCUCCCUUUUUUUCUUGAGUCUCUUUCACGGUUCUCCAAGGCAUUGUUCGCAUGCUUUAUUCAUUUGACUGUGUUCUGAUACCCUUGUGUGAGAAAGGUCAGGUUGGAAAGAAAGAAAAGAGUGAACUAGAAGCACUCUAGUGAUACCCCUGGAGUCUACCCCUGGAGGCGGGGCCUCUUUUCUUUCCCUUGCUUUUUGUCCUGUAUCCCCACAAUCUCUCAUCUUCCUGUCCUAUCUCAGAAACUGUCCCCCUACUCUACCGACAGCUGUGGCUCCCGGGUGCUUCUGAUUGAUGCUCCUGCCAAGAUGUGCCAGCUUGAGCUGCAACAGCGGCAUAAGCAGUUAUGGAUAGAACUGAUUUUUUUAUUGGCCUUCCAGCCCACUCCCCAGGGGGAAAUUCACAUAUGGUACUGGGAACUUGGACUAAAACUUGUGACCAGAAAAAGUCCUAGGCUCCAGUGGAGAAGCAACUGCUGUUGCUUUGUUAGAUGGCUGGCUGCUGCGGCGCUUCUCCACGUUUGUGUUUAUGUCAUAGGUUAUUGCUGCAGUCAGUGUCAAUUUGAAUAUUCUGUUUCCCAUUUUCAUCCUGUCCUGACUUGUGUUUUAUAGUAGGAGGAAUUCCCCCAGUCUUACCUAAGUAUAGCAGCUUUCAUCAUAAUUGUCCAAACAUGGAUGUAAACAUGACUUGAGGAUAGAGGAAUGGCUUCUUUGACUCAGCUAAAUUAAAUUGUCACAACCUGGAUUAAUGGGUGAGAAGUCAUUUAAUUAUACAUUGUCUGACAAGAACUGAAGGAAUACAUGUACAAUGGCUGACUCCAAAUGUAGACCACAGACUCAAGGGAGACAAGCCUCUCCUGCUGUUUGUUCCUUAGCUCCCAAGAUCCUAGCCUCGAAUCUUCCUCUCAAAGAACGUCUUUAGGUAUAUAUAUAUAAGUCCUCACAACAGAGGUUCUCCUCCCUGUUGCACUUCUUCUUUUUUUUUUUUUUUUUGGUUCUUUUUUUCGGAGCUGGGGACCCUGUUGCACUUCUAAGGACCGACUUGUGGGCUGAGACUGGGUUGGGUGGUAGAGCCCAGCAUUGGUAAGGCCCGGCUCAGCUCCCAGCACCACAAACAAACCAAAUACAAUCCCAAAGCUACUUGUUCAGAAGAAGGCUAACAUGGUAGGCCUGAACUGUCCUCCUUGCUUGCAAAACUGUCCCUUAGCAAGUGUCUAGGAUGGUAGAGUAGGGGGAGAGUUUCUGAGAUAGGACAGGAAGAUGAGAAAUUGUGGGGAUACAGGACAAAAGGCAAGGGAAGGAAAAGAGGCUGCCUCCUUGGGUCUGCUUGGCCUUUCCUACUAGAAAGGGCGAGGAACCACUGGUACAGCCUAACUGACUGGGACAGUGUGUCUCCUGGAGACAUCUUAAUCAAGGAUGGCAAAAACAGUAAAUCAACUACACUUACAAUCUGUAACCUUGAGUUUUCUGCACUCUCUCUCAUAACGAAUUCACAACUUAGCUUAGAAAGGCAAAUGCUUUAACCUUUGACCUUGGUGUCCACUACACAUUUUAAGCAAUGGGUAAAAAAGGCUGGGUGAAGGGAGCACACUUGUUUCUUAGCAACCUUUAGAACUGUAAUUUGAGAGCCACUGAAAUCUUUUGUGAGUCCCUUGAGAAACCCCACAUCCUCAUUUGGGUAUGUCUUAUUCUUUCUCUGAGAGUCUCUUUCUAUUAAACCAUGUACUUAAGAGCAAUAUUAAGGGGCUGGGGAUUUAGCUCUGUGGUAGAGCGCUUACCUAGGAAGCGCAAGGUCCUGGGUUCGGUCCCCAGCUCCGAAAAAAAGAACCAAAAAAAAAAAAAAGAGCAAUAUUAAAAAUGUCCUUUAAUAAGCCUCUAAUUCUGCUUCAUACUGGCUUGCCCUGCAAUUUCUUUCUGCACCAAGUCCUAAAUUCCAGUAUUGCCUGAAUGGAGAUUCCUACUGAGUGCAGUGGGAUAAGUGUGUGUGUGUGUGUGUGUGUGUGUGUGUGUGUGUGUGUGUGUGUGUGUGUAGGGGGGAAUAGAAUGGAGCGCUACCUGGUCACUGCUGACAUCCCUACUACCCCCAAAUGCUAUGAAUUUUGCAUAGAAUUAUGAUACUGACUACCUUAUUUUAGCUCAGGCUUUGCAGUGUUAGGGUAAAAUCCUUCCCAAGAUUGAAAGUUCUCGAGUUAUGCAACUAGCUUGGGGGCAUAGAUCAAGGGUAGAGUGCUUGCUUAAAUCAGGGUCCUAGUAUGGACAAAAAGGAUCCCUCCAGAUUACAUGACAACUUGCUUUUGAGCAAGCAGUUAUAAAUUGGCUUUCCUGUGUUUCCAUGAUGCUUAUCAAUUUGUCGAAAGGAUCCACAACACAAUAGUCACAGACAGAUAAAGUACACAGUUGGGACCAGCCAAGUGGACAAAGGCCACACCUGUGGAGCAUUUUAACCCAUUUUAAAUUUAAAUAUUUUGUUUUGUGUGCUUGUUUGUUUUUUCGCUUUGAAACUUGUGUUUGUUUGAAAGAAGUCCUUGCUAGGCAUUUCUGGCUGGCUUGAACUUGUAGAGACCUAAUUGGCCCUCAACUUGCAACAGUUUCUUGCCUGUUUCCCGAGUGCUGGGAUUGCAGGCAUGCACCUCCAGGCCUGACUGAGGCUUUUCAUUGUGUUUUAUUAAAUAUAUACAGCUGACUUAGUCAUCAGCCAUGUGGUUGAACCCAAACUCUAGAGCCUCUUUGUGGCCAUAAGGUACUCUAUAUUGUAUAAAACAGUUGUUUUUCAGACUGUGCCCUGCCUUGAUGGACUGUGUUUUACAAGCAACAUUAUUUUCCAGAUGGAGGGUAGCUAUGAACCUUGGACAUAUGCAUAGCCCUAUCUAUCUGGCACUACGUAUGUGAUAUAGACUAAUUAAUAAUUAUGUGAUAUAGACUAAUAAUUUAGUCUUUGGGUUCCAUGCUACAAACUCGCUGGGGCGAAUUCAGAUUCUAAGGGAACAUGGACAUAUUAAAAUCCUAUCAGGGCCAGGAGGUAGUGGCAUACACAUUUAAUCCAAGCACUCAGGAGGCAGAUUUCUGAGUUCAGGAUGGCCUGAGCUUUACAGAGAAACUUGAUUCAGAAAACAAAAAACAAAACAAAUCAGGAAUCCCAAGUCUAAGAGUAUACUGGGCAUACGAGCUUGGGGAAAGAGUCUACCUUCCUCAUUUGGACACCACCGGCGCAGAGGUAGGCCUCUGGCAUUUCUGUGGCUAUCCAUGAUGGUCCCAACCAACCUUUCAUUUGACUGGACAGAGGAAUAUCAAGGGAAUGGUAGGGAGAGAACUUUCGGGUGUCCUACGGAGUUCUGCUUAGCCAGGAUCAUGCUGUUGAUUCAGCCUACCCAAAUUGCUGUCUGCCUGUCCUGUUUGCCCAUCUGUACCUGCUGUCCAUCUGUCCAACUGUUUGUUCACCUAGACCUGGCCCUGCUCUUUUGCUUCUGGAGUGUGUCUUAAUCUCCGAGGUUCAACUCCGACCUUGCAGCCUGACUUACAGCCAAGCCAGUGGCUCCUGGAGCAAGACUUUCAGCUUAGUAGGCUCCACUGUCUUGCCAGUAGAAAGUUCUACAUCUCUAUUAGUUUUCAAGGUUUAGCCUCAGACUUUGAACCUUCUUGCCUUUUCAUCCCUUUGCAGUUAUUCUAUAGUGUGUGUGUGUGUGCGUGUGUGUGUGAAUACAUAUAUUUAUUGUGUGAUGCAUAAUGUACAACCUUAAGGUUAAUGUUAGUGAUUAUUGGAAAAGGAACUUAUAUUGAAAUUAGCCAGCAUUAUCAGAAAAGUGAGAAUUUUAUUUUUUAAAACAUUUAUUUUCAUUUUAUGUGUAUGUGGGAAUGCCUACAUGUAUGAGCAUCAUGUAUGUGCCCAGUGCCUUUGGACACCAGAAGAUGGCACUGGAUUCCCUAGACCUAGAGAAACAGUUAGUUGUGGGUGCUGGGAACCAUAUCCAGGUCCUCUGCAAGAAUGGAAAAUGCCCUUAACUAUAGCUCUAGCAUGAGGAGAGUGGGAGGAUGUGGCAAAUUGUGUCUUUGAAACUACUGUACCUUGUAAGUUUGUUAUUCAAUAAAUUCUGAUAUAGAGGAAAGUCACAAACAUGUUUGUUUCUGAUGUAGCUCACUCUUGACACUGUCUUCUAAGAAGGCUGGUAGCUCAAGGUCUAAUCCCUCACUUCCUACAUAGAAGGCUAAUCUCUCUGAAGUGGACUGCCCCAGCAUGAACUAACUUUAAGUUGUGCUCAAAUUAUCUGAAAGUAAUGCUUUAAGUUAUCUGAAGGGCAACUCCUGAAUCAUGUCACUCAUAUAAAUUGCUGGGCCCACUGAGAAUAGCAAAGGUAUUCCCACACUGAGGAAAUUCCAAAGAUGUAGAGGCCAGUUCCCAGUAACUGGAGACAAAGAAAAGAUACAUUCUUUGUUAAAUAACCUUAAUCUUAAACUAAUUAUGUAAAUCAUAACUUUUAUGAUAAAUAUAACUUUUCCCUAUAGGAGCUGAGAAUUUGGGUAAAUGCCUAAAUGGGUGUUUAUUUGAUGAGACUUCAAUUGAAAAAUCUGGGCACUGAGUUUCUAAUGUACUUUCCUGGUUGGCAGUAUUUCCUAGAGGUUGUCACUGCUUAUUGAUAGAAGGAUUGUCACAUCCUGUGUUACUCCAUGAGAAAUGAUUCUUCUAAGUGUCAGGGCAAAACAUAGCUCUUCCUUCAAAGGUAUUAAGAGGGAGUUUAUCAGAGCCAAAUAAAAGUGACCAUGGCUGGGAGACAUAGAUGCAGGUAACCCUGAAUGGCAGUUCCACUGUGAAACGGUCACAGGACAGUGGUGGGGACAUCUGAUACAGAGACUGCGGCAAAGCUGGGAAUGUCUGCUUUUAGGUUUUCAAUCUUACCUGCUUUGAGGUUUGUAGUGCUAGAUAUGGCAAGCUUAAUGACACACCAAGAAUUUUAUCUAAAAGUCAGGAAGAUGUAGGAUGCUAGGUCAGAUAUAUUGGUGAGUGACAAAUGGCUGUCACAAGGGAUUAGAGAUGGCUUAACUCAUUUUGAUUCACCAUCCAUAACAUUUCAAUUCUGUACCAUCGCUAAAUAUAAUCAGUUAACCAGGCUACAGAAUCUUCAACAUAAAUGUGUGGCUUUUCCAAGGAACUUCCAUUCACAGAAGCUUGUGUGUGGGUCACUGUAGCCAUUGUCCUGUUUAUCUUUUCUGUUUAUUGAUUUUGGUUGGUAUUUGUUCACAGUAAUAAAUCAUUGCCAUAAAGAUGGACCUGGAGGUGUACAGGGUCCAGAGGAACCAGUGUUACAGGUUCUGAUAACCCAGAAUAAGGAAUGGAACACAGACCUGCAGAGAGUAGCAAGCAAGGUGAGAGAAUUAAAAAAAUAAUUCAUUUCUAUGAUUGUGGUUAAUCUCAACUGUCAAUUUGAGAUCUGGAAAUAUCUGGGAGAGGCAACUCUGGUUUUGCCUGUAGGGGAUUUUCUUGAUUAGGGUAACGGAGAUGCAAAGAACCACUCAUAAUAAGGUGGUGCCAUUCCUUGGGCUUGGGUCCUAGAUUACAUAAAAAGAAGUUAGUUGAACACUAACAAUCAUUGUUGAGUGUGCACUAUCACAUCUGGCCUCUGUGGUGUGUGUGUGUGUGUGUGUGUGUGUGUGUGUGAGAGAGAGAGAGAGAGAGAGGGGGGGGUAUCCAUCCACCCAUCCAUCCACCCACCCAUCUAUCCAUCUAUCCAUCCAUCCAUCCAUCCAUCCAUCCAUCCAUCCAUCCAUCCAUCCAUCCAUCCAUCCAUCAUCCAUAUCUUGGUUUUUCAAGACAGAGUUCCCUGCACACAGGGUAAAAUGGCAUGGAGCUGCAUACACACCGUGCAUAUAUAAAUUCUUGCUUUGCACAUUACACUACAGUUAUGUCAGAUGUAACUAUGGGAAAAACAGUGUCUGGCUGCAGUAUGCUCACAUUAUCUUUGCAGCUUUGUGCUGUAAUAUGUAAUUAUCCCAGAAUAAAGAGAAAAAGUAACUAUUGGUUGAUAUGCAAUAAGCUUCUAAAUGGCUACUGACAGGGAUAUCUUUUUUUUUAAGGUUUAUUUAUUUUAUAUAUGAGUACACUGUAGCUGUCUUCAGACACACCAGAAGAGGGCAUCGGAUCCCAUCACAGAUGGUUGUGAGCCACCAUGUAGUUGCUGGGAAUUGAACUCAGGACCUCUGGAAGAGCAGUCAGUGUUCUUAACCACUGAGCCAUCUCUCCAGCCCCUGACAGGGAUAUCUUAUUUACUCAGUCUCAUCAUUUGCAGAAAUUACAAUCCUUGAUUUUAGAAUUGUUAUUUUUUGUUUUGUAGUGAGAAAUAGGUUUGUUAAAACCUCACCUGAUGUUUAUAAUCUUCUGGUUGAGAAAUUAUAUUGUUGUUAUUGGUGUGCUGUAAUUAGAUCACAUGCUUUGUAUGUUAAACACUUAAUAUAUUUGAAAUGCAUCUAUGUUUGACUGCAUAUUGUUUUCUCUCAGCAAUUAAAUGCACUAAAUACUUCUGGCUAAAUCCAAAUAUAUAAGCUUAAAUCUUAGGAGUAAAUCUUUUUAUUUAGUUUGUUUUCAUUUUUGUUACAUUAAAUAUUUACAACAGCAACAAUACAGAAGUAAACCAAGAGGCCACUUAAAAUAAAUAGAAUAUAAUUCCUAAGGGAAAAAUCAGAAUACACACAAUCCUUGUGUAGUCAGUAUUUUAAUAACCCACAUCAUAAACAGAUACAUAAGAAGUGCCUUAUGGCGUGUUAUCAGUUAGAAUAACAUGUACAUUUCCAAAAGAGUGCAACUUCUAAUCUGAUUUUCCUUAGAAUUACCUCUGCUGCAGCCAGCGCACGCUCCUCCUCUCGAUGGCUCUAAACUCACCCUCGCUUGCAUUUGUUUUGGACUUUUAUGCCAGUCAUUGAACAAAGAGUAAGCAAUUCAAAUAAAUCAGUAGACCACUGCAUCUCCAGGUGACUCCAGGUGGGGCUUCUGCUGCUUAAAUAUGCAUUUGAUCUGGACUUGGUGACACACAACUUUAAUCCAAGCAUUAGGGAGGGAGAGGCUGGCAGAUCUCUGUGAGCUCAAGACCAGCCUGGUUCCAGGACAAGAAACCUCGUCUCAAAAAGACAAAACCAGCAAAACAAAACAAAGAAAAAAACCAAACCAAACCAAACCAAAACACUUGAGAGUCACAGGGUACCUUGUACUUUAUUUGCUUUCUCUUGGGACAGAUGGAGGGAGCUGCCAUAGUCAGUCAACACUGGGCAGCUCCCGUCUAUGGGCCCUGAGCUACUCCACUCAGAGCUGAGGACAGCUUGGUUGACUAAUGCUUCUUCAGUUUUGAGACUGUGGGUGGAACACAGUCAAUGUUUUUCAAAAUUCUUUUUAUUUUAUGUGUAUGACUGUUGGCCAUCAUAUCUGCAUAGGAACAGUACCACUGGAGGCCAGAAGAGGGCAGUGGGCCUCCCGGAAUUGGAAUUACAGAUUGUUGUGAGCCACUGUGUGGGUGGGUGCUGGGAACCUAAUCUGGGUUCUCUGCCAGAUCCGCAAGUGAUCUUAAUUGCUGAGCCAUCUCUCCAGCCCUGGCAAUCAUUUUUAACCAUCACAGAAUCUCGCACCCCAGAGACUCAAGGAUUUUAACAUAACAAAAGACUGUGAAGAAUGCCUACAUUCAGAGAAUAUUUUAUAGACACUCCAAAUGAAAUUAUUAAAACAACAGGUGGCCAUGCUUAAGGUGGAGGCGUUUGUGACCUUUGAAUUCAACCUUGCUCCUUUUUUUCAUAUCUAAACCUGUAAUUUCCUGACCCUCUCAUGUUUACAGUCACAGUAUGUUUUAGCUUGUAAUAUACAGGAGCAGAGUAAAUAAAUCAGGAGGGCUGAGGAUAGCUCAGUGGUAGAAGGCUUUUAUGUAGCGGUUUCCUCAAGAAGGAAACCUUUUGAGAUGGAAACAUCCAAUCCUGCAGGGAAGCUUGUUAAAAUUUGAGGAACCCACAUGCUUUGGGAAGUCCCUGAAACUGACCAGAGGUAUUAGACCCCUCAUUUUGCCAAUCACUGUCUAGAGGCAUGUGCCAAUGAGCUAGCCUAGACAAAACAGAGACCAACUGAGCUACCUGCAAGAGGCUAGACCAACUGAGCUCCCCAGAAAGAAGACUCUCCACUAUGUCGAGCUGUCUGCAAGCUGCACAGUGCAUUCUAGGUUUCCAGCUUUUGUGAGCUGUCAUCUGCACUAAAAGGAUUUUGGUGACGCAGCUGUCUUUAAGUUAUUUCUGCUCCUACAAAGAACCCUUCACCCAAACUCCCAUAAGUAACUCUUAUAAAACUCACUGGUGUUAACUAUAGUUAAGUCUCCCAUGGAUUCCCUAUCUGGGGUAGAUCUUUGUCUACAUCUCUGUGGGAGUACUGUCACAACUCAGUUUGCUUAGCAUGCACAAGCCCUGAGUUUAAUCUCCAACACUACACACACACAUACAAAAAUUUCAUCAGGAACAUAUGGAUACAUGAGUUUAUUGGAUUGAAUUAAGUUACUAGGCACACAAGCUUAAAACAAACACCCCAGACCAACAAUCAUGCAAUCCGUGACUUAAGACAUAAAAGGAGGGGUUGGGGAUUUAGCUCAGCGGUAGAGCGCUUGCCUAGCAAGCACAAGGCCCUGGGUUCGGUCCCCAGCUCCAAAAAAAAAAAAAAAAAAAAAAAAAAAAAAAAAAAAAAAAGACAUAAAAGAAGAGGCAAGUGAGACUGUAGGCAUACUAAUCUUUCCUAUACCAAGUGCCUGUGGUAAACACCGCCACCCUGGACAAGGGCAGAUGAGCUUCCCUCCAUCUGAGAAUCAGCUCAGUUGUCUCUGGUGCUGCUGGAUUAGAAGGUGUUUAUGAUCUCUGCUUAUCCCAUCAGUGAGGCGGGAAAGAAGAUCUCAGGUUCAAAGUCAGCAGAGCCUACAUAUCACUACACUCUCUCUCUCUCUCUCUCUCUCUCUCUCUCUCUAUAUAUAUAUAUAUAUAUAUAUAUAUAUAUAUAUAUAUAUAUAUAGGUUCUGUUCUUAAUGGCAAUAUUCUACACUCUGUUGCUGAAGAUAUUACACACUUUGGUCCCAGGACAUGGAGAAAUCAACCUGGAACUUAGUUUUUCCCCUUUUACUCUAUCAGAAGGGGUUAUGGAGAGUGCCAGGGGGUGGGACGGGGUUGGUGGGAAGAAAAGACAUCAAUAGCUGUGAUCCCUGUGAGCUACAAUAAUGACCAGGCUGGCAAGACAUGAGUGUAACAGUGGCAUGAAUGUUAUGGGGGUAAACAAAUAAUUUCUGAUUAGAUUUAAGGCCUCAGGAGGGGCAACUCAUUUGUGGCACUGUAAAUACAGCCAAGAAUUCAUGGGGGGAGGGGCUCAUGUAGGCCUUAGAGAAGAACAUAUUAUCAAGGGACAGCUAUUUUUAGUUAAACAAUGUUAAACUUUGACUUAUUUUUUCCUCCUAAUUGUGUCCAUAUCUAGAAAUCAACUUGUGUUUGGUUUGUUCUUUCUCAGUAAACUUGUGAAUUAUACAUUACCUAGUUCCAUUUUUCUGAGAAUUGACGACUGUAAAAUGUUUUAUGGUAUGUUAACUGUCUGACCAUAAACCCAUAACAUGUACCUUUCCCAUGAUCAUAAAAUAAGCAUGAAGUUUUGCUUUCGUAAUCAAAGAUUUUUUUUACCGUAAGAGGCCUUUCUGCUUCUGGUCUUGGCUGCUUCAUUCUUCUACCAAGGGAGACUGUAGGUUUGGCCUGGCUGUAAAGAAAAUUCUGACCUUGCAACAUCUUGGAGUUAGCUCCUGGCUUUCCAUUCAUAAUACACAUUACUGUUAUUAGCUAGAUGUCCAUAGUUUCAAGUCGCCUUCUAGCUCUGUAUAUCUAUACUCAAAGACUACUGCAGCCCUUAUCCCCUAGAGAUGGUUCUUACUGGAGUGGACGGUGGUUAAUACAGAGACUCACAGGUCCAAACAUAGAAUGCAAGUGUCUACUAGUGCUCUGCUGCAAGCAGGACAUCUAUAUCACAGUCUCAGGGAACACUGUGGAAGACGGGCAGAAAGAUUGUGAGUCAGAGGUUGCAUAGGACAGGUUGUCUUCAGACACAACAGGAUAGCUGAAUGAACUACAGCAGCCGUGUCUGCCUGCAGGUAGAUCAGGCCGGUCGACAUUCCAGCAUGGAGCAGGGAGGGUGCUCAGGACCUCACCCUUAGCUGAGGAGCUACUGGUAGUGAAUGGCUGCUGGGGUCCAAGUCAGUUUUCUUUAGGGGUGUGGUUCCUGGCAGGCUGACCAUGCUGUGGUGCAUGGACUCAAACCCAUGUACAUGUGGGCAGCACUAAUUAGAUCUGGUGGGUUAAGACAGGAAUGAACCAUUUUAUACAGGAUCAUGGAGUUGGGGGAAACAUGGGUGACAUCCUGGAAGAGGUAUAAAUAUAAUCAAAACAUAAUAUAUGCAUAUAUGAAAUUUUCAGAGAAUAAAACUUUCUAAAAUUGCAAGUUUCUUUUUUUGGUGGGGAGGGUGUGUGACACAUGACUUUAAUUCCAGCUCUCAGGAGGCAGAGGCAGUUCCAGGCCAGCCGGAUCUGCAAAAGGAGUUCCAGGACAGUCACGGAUACACAGAGAAACUGUCUCAAAAAACAAACAAGCAAAUAAGCAAACAAAAUCAUAGGCCUUUAAUAAUUAAAAUCACUUUAUUCUAAUUAACUGGGAGAUAAACCAUCACAUAGCUGAUUUCAGGAGGCCAUUGGCUUUCCUGGCUCUGGCCUCUGCUCAGUUUAAUGGACUUCUACCCAGUUAGAUCGGCUACUCUGAAACAACAGAGCUUUGCUUAGGGUUGUUUUACACAACAACAAAAUAAGUGUAAAAGUAGAAACAAGCCAAAAAAGGUACGUUCUAUACUCUUUCAUGACUUGUGUGUCCUUCUGCUUCUUCCACCUGUCGUUCCUUACGUCUUAGGAUUCACUGCUGUGAACAGACACCAUGACCAAGGCAAGUCUUAUAAAGACAGCAUUUAAUUGGGGCUGGCUUACAGGUCAGAGGUUCGGUCCAUUAUCAUCAGGGUGGGAACAUGGCAGUGUCCAGGCAGGCAUGGUGCAGGAGGAGCUGAGGGUUCUACAUCUUCAUCUGAAGGCUGCUAGCACAAUACUGACUUCCAGGCAGCUAGGGUGAGGAGCUUAAGCCCAUGCCCACAGUGACACACUUAUUCCAACAAGGCCACACCUCCUAAUGCUGCCACUCCCUGGGCCAUGCAUAUACAAACCAUCACACCUUAUUACCUGGUAUCACCCUUUCUGGUAUCUCUAAAUCUUAGACUAUAGAAAAACUUAGGUGGGGAGGGAAGGAAGGGAUUGUUUUGGUUCAAAGUUCCAGGUUACGAUCCUUCUCCCUACCCACCACCCCUUGGGAAGACAUAGGAGACGGAACUUGAAACAGCUGGUCACGUGGCAUUUAGUCUGGAGGCAGAGCGAAUGCUUCAGCUCUCUCUCUCAGUUGAAGGCAGAGUAUACAACAUUCAGCUGGUCAAGCCUUUCCAUCACAAUUAGGGGAAUCAAGACAAUCCUCACCAUGGGAUGCUCUGUGGAUUCUAGAUUGUGUCAAGCUGACACCACCACUCUCCAACACACCUCCCUAGUGUGGAGGUCAGCUUCUUUUCAGGUUUUUAUUAUUAUUUUUUUUGUAUCUUGAAGUGCAUUUAUGUCAUCUUAAAGGUUCUAUUUAAAUUAUAUCCCAUAAUAAGACAUAAGUCCCUUUAAUAAAGUCUGUUUGAACUGCAUGUGUGCUAAGCCAUCAGGAAACUCUCCAACUGUAAUAAUACAUGAAUGAUCCUAUCUCAAAAGCUGGAGUUACAGUUUUCUCCAUGAGCUCUAGACUCUCAAGUACUGAAAACAAGAUGUAAUUUAUCUUUGUGCUAACCUGUAACUAUCAGGGUGAUGCUUUUGCACAGGUAAGUUAGUGGACAUUUGAAUAUUUAAUAUUUCAUUUGUGGCUUUUUUCCCCCUUAGAGGCAAGUGUAGACCAGCAUUCUUUUUUUUUUUUCCCCCCGGAGCUGCGGAUCGAACCCAGGGCCUUGCGCUUGCCUAGCAAGCGCUCUACCUCUGAGCUAAAUCCCCAACCCCGUAGACCAGCAUUCUUUAGUACUGGAAGGUUUUCUUAAAUUUCUGAUCAUCCCUAACUCCAAGCACUGUCACCACAGGCAUGCACUACACCAUGUCCAGCUUAUUUAUGGUAUAUUUAGCAGGCUACUCACUAGGAAACACAAGCUUUGGAAUAAACUAAUGAAUAUUUGAGACAAGGGUCUCAUGCUGCCUAAGCUGGCAUGAUUGUUGACUUUGAUUUCCUGAUUCUCCCCACUAUGUGAGAUUACAAUGUGCCUUCAUGAAACCUGGGUCAGUUUUUGCUUUUAAAGCAGUUUUUUCCUCUCCUCCCAUCUCAGGUGUUUCCAUCACCUUCUUUGGUUGCAUACAGCAAGUGUAAAAUUGACAAAAAGGAGGGCAUACUAACACUACCCGUUUUCUGAGAUCAGGCAGUCCUUAAAGUGUAUGUGGUUAAAAAAAAUGGUUCAGUGUUGGAAGCUGAAAGAAUAUGUUUAAGAGCUUAGGUGGUUGGGAUUCAACUUUACCCAGUUUAUGGUCCCUAUAAGACCCUCGUGCCAUUAAUUGUUCUGGGCCAGCAGGCUCGCGCUGAGCUCACCUGCCUCUUCUGUGGCCUGCCAUUGGUCCGGAGGAUGUCCACGUCUCUUGCGCGCACGAGAAGCCUCGCACCCGGGGCUCCACGGACCUAACAGCCACAGAGCCUGUAGCCUGGCCGCCGGUCUGGUCCGUACCCAACAGUCGCGGCAGGGGCAGGUCGCUGCAGCGCGAGGGUCUGGGAUGCUGUGGGGCUGAGAGUCGUGGUUCCCGGGGUUCUGAAGAUCGGUGGGAAAAUGUCUUCGGGGCAUGCGCCACAGCGGCCGUUAAGUGACCCAAAACCGACACCUUGGAGGCGUCAGCCUGGAGGAAUAGGGCCGGAGCAUGGCCGAGCUUCGCACGCCCAGCGAGGACCCUGAGGGCUCAGAGCGCAGGCGCGAGGCGCAGGGCUAGCGGGCAGCCAGGCAUCUCGUAUGAAAAGGGUUUAAUUGGCAUUUACAGCUGAGUUGCCGCUGAUUCUGAUACAGAGCCCAGAGGAUAAAUCUGGAUUUUUACUUUUUGUCACAAUGGAAGUCGAAAACCAAAUGGAAACGGCAGAAAACAUACCGUGCAGUAUGCUUGGUGAUAAUUUCAAAGAAGUUUGUGCAGAGAAGGUAAUUAGGUUCAGGCCGCCAUUAUACAAACAACGGUACCAGUUCGUUAGAGAUUUAGUGGAUCGCCAUGAACCCAAGAAGGUUGCAGACCUGGGAUGUGGUGAUACCAAGCUCCUAAAGCUGCUAAAAAUCUACCCAUGCAUUCAGCUGCUUGUUGGGGUGGAUAUCAAUGAGGAAAAAUUGCAUUCAAAUGGGCAUCGCUUGUCUCCCUAUUUGGGGGAGUUCGUAAAACCCCGAGAUCUAGAUUUGACUGUCACCUUGUAUCAUGGCUCUGUUGUGGAGAGAGACUCGCGCUUGCUUGGAUUCGAUUUGAUAACAUGCAUUGAAUUAAUAGAACAUCUGGAUUCAGAUGAUCUGGCCAGAUUUCCUGAAGUGGUUUUUGGAUACCUGUCACCAGCCAUGGUUGUCAUCAGCACACCAAAUGCUGAGUUCAACCCCCUGUUUCCUACAGUGACCCUGAGGGACGCCGAUCAUAAGUUUGAGUGGAGCAGAAUGGAGUUUCAGACCUGGGCUUCACAGGUGGCAAACUGCUACAAUUACUGUGUGGAGUUCACUGGGGUGGGGACACCCCCAGCUGGAUCUGAGCAUGUUGGAUAUUGCACCCAGAUAGGUGUCUUUAGGAAAAACGGUGGGAAGCUCUCUGAGCCCUCUGCUUCCCAGCAGCGUGACCAGCAUGUUUAUAAAGCUGUUUAUACAACCUCCUACCCGAGUUUACAGCAGGAGAAGGUGCUCAAGUUUGUACUGGUUGGGGAACUCCUGAUACAAGUGGACCGCCUGAGGCUGAGACACCAGAGAAUGCUGCGGGAACAGGAGAAGGAGCGGGGCCCUAAGCCCUGGUACACGGACUCCUCCCCAGCCCCCCACCUACUGUUGGGAGCAGUCUUCACAGAGGCCGAGAAGGCCAGGAUAGAAAAUUCUCCCAAACCCUUCUGUGAAGGAGAGAAGUUUUACAUACCCCUGCAGAGACUGCUCACUUACCCCAAACUGCACCGGCUGUGUGCUGACGAAGACAGGAUGCGGUCCCUCAUCGCUGACUCGGUGUGCUUAAGCAGUGAUGGUUCCGCAGUCGUGGUUGACCUCCAUAAUUCUUGGGAUUAUCGGCCUGAGGAUAACUGAGCCAUCCGGAUUUCCUGAAGCUCGGACACUGGCUGAUAGUUGGACUCACUACAUAGCUGAACGUGGCCUUGAACGUCUUGCCUCUGCCUCCCAAGUGCUUCAUACAUGCCGGGCAGGCACUUUACCAACUGAACUACGUCUCCAGGCCUCUGAUGUUUAAGAUCUUAAUGAGGAAGAUUGUUGAUAAUUUUAAGCCUUCCUGAAAACAAACAUAAAACAGCAGCUGAGUCCCAAAUGCCCUUUCUUACUUAUUCCCAGCACACUCAGGGCCUGAGUUUGAGCCCCUAGUAGCAUGAAAUAAAAGAUUCAGCUAGAUAUGGUGGCACACACCUGCAACUUCAACACUCAGGAGGCAGAGACAAAUUUGUGGUCAACCUGCUCUACACAACAGGUUUCAGGACAGCCGGGGCUACAUAGUGAAACCCUGUCUCAAACCAGGAAACAAAGGAACAAAAACUGUUAAAUUAUUUUUCUUCUCUUAUAAUUUAAGUUAUGAAAUGAAAAACACAGUUCAGAAUAACACAAUCUAGAGUAAAGCUUGUCAUACCUUAGUUCUUUUUAUCCCUAAUACCCACCACCUCAUAGUCUCUUGGGGGGGGGGUGCUCCUGGCUUCUCCGGUUCUUGUUUGUUUUCCCGCAGAGAGAGCAGCUCUGCCCACUUUGCAUAGAGUUAAUUGACUGUUUUAUAUCAAUUCCCAACAAAUGGCAUAAGUGCAUAGUUUUUUUUUACUUGUUAUCUUUGUUCUUCUACUAAUAUGUGUUUUAAAUAUUUACUAUUUAAGUCUUACAGACAUUUGUGUGUAUUUGUGUCUGUGGAGAUCACAAGGGGACAGUGAUCCCCUGGAGCUGGAGUUCCAGGCUAUUGUGAGCCACCCAGUGUUGGAGCUGAGAAUUGAGCGUCAGGCCUGUUCAAGAGCAGCAGGCGCUCCUAACUGUGGAACCUUCUCUCUAGUGCCUACCGUAUCUUUUUGGUGCAGCUUUGUCAGUAGCAACUUAUAAAUGCAACUGGAUGUGCUUCUUUCUGUAUCAACAUGAUGUUCUUUCGCAAAAAAUUAAUAGUUGUAUUAAUAUAGAAAUUCAUGCUAAAA